AAAAAGGAUUCCUUCAUUUCUUCCUCUUUUCUUUUUCUCUUACUAUUAUCAAAUGAAUAAAAAAGAACCUUUGCACCCCUUUUUAACCCGCCAUGUACCAUCACAAAUCAGCAAUGUUCAGAAACUAUGCUAUCGACACCGACCAGACCUGGUUAAAAACUGUGGCCCUGAUGAGUUUGAUCUGCUACAAACUCAAAUUCAAUUAGAAAAGCUAGAGACAGCAGACAGAGAAGCCAUAUCGCAUAUUUGGUCUUUAUUUUCAGCAGCACCAGCAGAUCAACGACUUUUGAUUCUGAAAGGACUUGUUUCAACAUGUUGCAUGCCACAGCUUUCAUUCCUGCACAACGUUACAAAACCUUUAUUACGUAUUGACUUUGUGUCUAUUUUACCUAGAGAAGUCUCUAUGACUAUCUUUUCACAUUUGGAUGCUAAAACACUCUGUCAUGCUGCUCAAGUCUCUCAGACAUGGAAAUCAUUAGCAGACGAUGAUGCAUUGUGGCACCGUAUGUGUGAGCAACACAUUGAUAAAAAAUGUGCCAAAUGCGGAUGGGGACUACCCCUUCUUGACAAGACUCGCUCCAAUGCUGUUCGAAAGAGACCUUCACCACUUCAAACUGCAUGCGGACCUCUAAAACAAGAUGUUCAAGAGCCACCUAAAAAGAAGCGGAUUAAGACUACACCGCAUAAAAGACCAUGGAAAGACGUCUAUAGUGAACGAUCGAUUGUAGAACGUAAUUGGCGAAAUCAUGCUUACAACGUUAUUACCUUACAAGGACAUACAAAUGGCGUGAUGUGUGUUCAAUUUGACGAAAUACUUAAGCUGGUUAUGACGGGUUCAUUUGACAAAACAGUGCGUGUCUGGGACCUUGAAACAGGAGCAUGCAUACGUACACUAGAGGGUCACACCCGUUGUGUCCGAGCACUUCAAUUCGAUGACUGCAAAGCCAUCACUGGUGCUAUGGACAACACACUUAAAAUUUGGAAUUACCAAACUGGGCAAUGUAUUCGUACGCUUGAAGGUCAUACAGGUGGCAUUCUGAGUCUCCAUUUUGAUUCGCGUAUUCUGGCAAGCGGAUCUACGGAUCGCACCAUUCGUGUUUGGAAUUUUGAGCUGGGUGAAUGCUGUACUUUAAUAGGACAUACCGAAUGGGUUAAUUCUGUCCGUAUUUGUCAUGAAGGUAACAUGCUUGUCUCUAGUAGUGACGAUGCCACUGUCAGAUUGUGGGAUAUUCAGCAGCGUGCAUGUGUCAGGGUCUAUCGCGGUCAUGUUGGACAAGUGCAAGUGGCUCUUCCUAGCAUACAUGGGUUUACACCACAACUUAUCAAGUCGCAACAUCCAAUCAACGCAUCUGAUUGUACUAAAACCAUCAUCGAUAAUGCUACCGCACCCAAUAAUGUUCAAGUGUUUUCAAAUGAUGAGCUCUUAUCUAAACGUAACAAUAACCCCACCAUUGUCUCUAGUUCAUUAGAUAAUACGAUCAAGAUAUGGGAUGCUAUUACAGGCAAUUGUGUUCGCACACUGUUUGGCCAUGUUCAAGGUAUUUGGGCCCUUGAUUUUGAUAAGCUUCGGAUUGUGUCUGGCUCUCAUGAUAAGACAAUACGUGUCUGGGAUACAGAAACAGGCCGCUGUCUCUAUCCUUUAGUAGGCCACCAUGGUCCAGUAACGACUGUGGCGCUAAGUGAUACAAAGAUCGUCUCUGGUGCUGAAGACGGCGAAGUCAAGAUUUGGAAUUUUGGCAUAAUCAAUAAAACUGCACUUUGAAACGGAGAAACAAAAAUGACGCGAUUCACAGCAGUUAUCUCGCACUUAUUGCGACAUUUCUAUAAUUGAGGGUAAUACAAAGUUUGUUCAUCAACAAAGAACCUUUAAAGAUAUCAGAAAACUUCAAUUCACAAUAUGACGUUAUUCCUUUCUGGUCCCUUUUUUCCCUUUCUCUCUCUCCCUCUCUCUCUCUCUUUCUUUCUUUCUUUUCUUCCCUUUUUUUCAAUGACACAGUCAAAAGAUCAAGGGCAACAAGAUAAUGAA